UUCGGAGGCACGAGCUGAACGAGGCGCUGAGAAAGCUGUUUGGAGGUUCGAAUUUCGAUUCACUAGACAAGGAGCCAGAAGUUCGGCGUAGCCUAUCUAAACAGCUACCACGUCAGUAAUGUAACCAUUUCCACCAGCAACUUUUAGACUAUUUUUUGUUCAUGACCAUUUCAAUUAUUUAUUGUUAUUCGAGGAAUAACUUACCAGAAAGACAAUGGUCGGAAGCUACUUUUAAGCUACAGGAGCCACCGAUAUGUUGACUGCAAUACCUAGAAGAAGUCCCACAAAGGAAUUAUAUUAUUUGGGCUGCUUUCGAUGUCCUGGGGAUCCCCACUGGGUUUCGGAUUAAUCACAUUUCAACAAAAUGGAAGGCCGGGAUUUCGGCCCACCACCCCACCUCCUGUCUGAGCGGGGUGCCUUGGUCCACCGCGCCGCUUCUAGGAUUGCUUCUACCGGCCACGCGUCUGUACAACAUCGCGGACACUUCCAGACAGGAAAAUACUAUUCGUCCCACCUCCCAAUGGCACCACAUUCAGGUGGUGGCUUGAUGGGGAACUCCUCUGCCUCCUUCAUGGGCACGUUCCUCACCAGCAGCCUGAGCUCCCCAGCCUCGCACUCCUCGGGUCCCCCCACAUCGCCCUCCUCGCCAUCCUUCCGGGGGGGCACGCACUCCAACGCCUCGCAGAUAUGGUUCCCCCACUCCCAUGAUGCCCCAGGGUAUGCCCGCUUCUCAGGGAGCCUGGCGCACACCUUCCUUCCCAUGAGCCACCUGGAUCACCAUGGGAACAGCAGCGUCCUAUAUGGCCAGCACCCCUUCUAUGAUGCCCAAAAAGAAAACUUCUAUCUCAGAGGCCUUCCGUCCCAGCAGCCCCUCAUCUCAGCCAAUCACAGCCUCUCUUCUGUCACCCGGACGACCAGUGGACAGCCACUGCGGUCAUGCAGUCGUGAGCACAAAAGCCUCAAAGAGGCAACGGCAGAGAGGCUCUCCGUUGGCGGCACCAAAGACAAGGAGAGGGGCGGCGGCAAGCAGGAGGCGAAGGACAGGGAGCGCCACAAGCAGCAGCAGCCACAGCCAAACGGGCACAGCCUGGAGGAGGAGACAGCCCUGGUGAGGCACAAGGCCGUGCUGGCUGGGGAGUGUCGGGAGCCCCUGGAGAGCAGGGCCAAGCAGCUCAGUGCCUGCCUGCUGAGCUCCAAGACGCCGGGCGGGGAGCCACCUCUGGGCAGGCACCCAGGGGCCGCAGGGGCCACUCGCUGCUCCAAGGAGGCCAUCAGUCGAGAGAUGCGGAUCAGCGAGCCGCCAGCUGACUGCCUGCAGAGGGCACCGGUGCUGCAGCACUCAGUACCGUACCCCAUGCCUCCAUCCGUGGGCUCCGCCGCCAACCCUGGGGGCUUCCACUGCCUACCCCUGCACCCAAGCCACAGCCACCACCCCCCACAUCCCCCGUACCAUUCGGAAUUCUACAGCCCACCCCCACCGGCACCUCUCGCCAACCCCAUCGUGCAAGAGAAGGCCCUCCAGCCUAAGCUCACUGGGCCCACUUUCGUGCCAUCCGUGGGCCACCAAGACAACAGGGCGGGCAGGCCCUUCCAGUUGGGGAACCCCGACUGCCGGAGGGCAGGAGAUGCAGGUGGCAUCAAGGACAAGGUGGUAGAAAAGGGUGGCGGCGAGGGGGCGGGAGGCGGCAGUGAGGGGGCUGGCAGCUGGCCCCGGAGACCACACUGGCAGCAGCAGGUGUACCCCAAAGCCGACAAGGCCCCUGCCUGGCCCCAUCCGCACCUGCAGCAGCAGCCGCACUUGGCCCCCUCGGGGCACCUGGGCCCUCGGCCCCGCAGUAGCGACUGCCUCGGUGGCACCGACAUGGACUCGUUUAGAGCCUCCCUCCCCCAAGGAGCGCUCGGUGCCUCCCCUUUCCGUGACUGUUCCCACAUGGGCCCAUCUCCCGGCGUCCAGUCUGGCGAGGCAAAGGGCGUGGCCUCUCGCAGCGAGGGGGUCGGCGGCGGCUGUGCGCUGCAGCGAGACGGCCAGAAGGUGGCCCGCAUCUGCCACCAGCAGCAAGCCAGGUCCGCCCAGGAAGCAGCUGCACCCGAGCCGGGGCGGGACGGGAAGCAGAAGCUGGAGAUGGUGGCUCUCGGGUACGUAGGUGGGCAGCAGCAGCCGGUGCCCCCCUGGGCUGUGCGAGCCCAUCACAUGCAGGCGGAGGAGGAGCGGCGGAAAGCCUACCUGGAGUCGCUGGCCAGCAUCAGGGCUAGCAGGACACUGGGUCAGCAGCCUCAGCAGCAGCUGGGUGGCAUUGGCCCCUCAGCCAGCCCCCGAGGCCCCCAGGGAGAGGUGAGUGCCAUCAGAAGUCUCCUGAAGUACAGCAGCCAGCACCAGCCGCACCUGCUGCCCCAGAGGACACCCUUUGGGGGCCUGGGCUGUCUGAAGUCGGGCACUGUCGGGGCUGGCUGCCCCCCCCAGGGCAGCAAGCAGACCCUGCCCUCGAAGAAGGGCCUUGCCCCUAAUGGAGACAGGGUGGACUGUGGGGACGGGAGGGGCCGUGAGGCCAGGGAUACAUCCCACAGGGAGGGGGAGGUGCGCCAGCCUCCCGUUGGCAUAGCCGUCGCCGUGGCAAGGCACAGCGAGCCCCCCUGCCACCCCCUGGACGGUCCUUCCGGCCACAACCGGCACGGAAGGGCCAUGCCUGCCACAAAAGACGGACCAAGGACAGGCUGUUCAUUGGAACCUGAUGUGGAGGAAGGCAGGAAGAGGAUGUGUGAUGAACAGCUGAGCCAGCCAUGCAUGGAGAGGGAACAGGAGCUUCUAAUCAGGGAUAAUAAGAAGCGAGUGGAGUUUGCAAGCAUCCAUCCCUCCAGCAGUUGCCAUGGUGACCUCACAUCUCACAUCAUGGUCCCAGGUGGGACUUCUUUGCAGUCUAGCCAAAUAGGCACCGACCCCUCUGCACACCAUCCGUCUCACCACCACUGGAUGCCACAGACAGGAAGUCCUUCCCUCUGGAUGGCCGGACAUUCCUACGGGAUCGGCCACUCCGCCCUGCACCAGGGCCUCCCCCCCGGCUUCUCGACGCCCCUGCCCAGCACAUUGCAGCCAGUGCUGCCCCUGACCCAGGACACCUCCACGCCCCUUGUGGUGCUGCCUGGGGAGCCCGCGGUCCACCCAUCUGCCCAUCACCUCGAUGUGAUUGAGCAGCCUGGCUUGUGGCCCCCAGUGUACAGUGCCUGCGGAGCCCCGUCACACAUACAACACACCGCAGUCUACUCCCGCUCCCAGUUUCUACGGCAACAGGAGCUGUAUGCCCUGCAGCAGCAGCAGCAGCAACAGCAGCAGCGGGCUGCUCAUGCGAUGGAGCUGCAGCACAGGAGCAACCAUGUACAGAUGCAGAAGAAGGCUGAAGAUGCCCCCGAGGGGCUGGAUAUGCUGGUGCCGGAGCCCCCACGCCCCCCCAAGCCCUUCUCCGUGGUGCCGUCACACAGAAAGACUGGCUCGUCGGGGUCAUGCACGGCACGCCUGUCCCCCUGCUGUCGCUCUCCGUCCCUGCGGUCCCCCAACACCAAGGGCACGCCGUGCCCCGCCCCCAGCCCAGCAGCUGCCGCACCCCACUCCCCGGCCCUGAGCCCCGCGCUGCUGCGCAUGCCGAAGCAGGCCGAGCGCCAGGACAUGAGAGUGGAGGGGCAGCCACCGCAGGACUACCCACAAUCCCUGGAGCCUGAGGAAGAUGAAGAGGAGGGUAGUUAUGACAGUGAGGAUGCAGAUGACGUCUUGCAUCCCAGAGACGGCUCCGCCAGCUUGGUGGUGACUGGCCCCUCCCCCUCGUCCAUUGUAAAGUUAGAAGCCAAUCAGAAAGCGAAGAACAAGAAGGAGCGACAAGGCCUCAGCGGAUCCCUAAGCCUUUCCUGCGUCGAAGGUCAGGUGAAGGUGAAGAAGAAGGUCCCCUCCAGGCCAAUGCCCCUGGCGCGCCCCAGGAAGCCAGCCGAGGACAAGGAGGAGGGGAGGCCAAGGAGAGUCCGGGGCCCCAGUCCUCGCCACCAGCAGGCGAUGUGGGGGAUGCGAGGAGACAGGAGAUCGCCUGCAGUCAUCAGCGAGAGGCUGAAGAGGGCAACACGCAAGAGUGUGACACAGCAAGUGCCGACCAGAAAGUCCAAAGGUCGUGCGGUAAGUCGGCUGCUGGAGAGCUUUGCGGCCAACGAAGGCUUUCAAAUGGACGAGGAUAGCAGCUUCUCAGAUGGUGGGGAGGACGGAAGCCAGCCAGGGCACAUGUGUCACGUGACCAGGAGCACACCGGCCCUCCCCAGCUGCAUCCUGACCAAAGAGCUGCUCAUGGAUGGUUUGAAGGUCCUGAUCUCGGAAGAUGAGCUCCUGUACGCCGCUCGCAUCCACACGCUGGAGCUGACGGACAUCUACAGCAUCACCAUUGACGGCGAGCGAAGAAGCCGGCAGAAGAUCUACUCCUUGGAGCAGCUCUUACAGGAAGCUGUCCUUGAUGUGCAGCCAGGGAGCGAGGCGCUGCUAACAUCGGGCCAGCGGGUAUGCGCGUACUGGAGCGAGCGCUCACGGUGUCUCUACCCCGGAUAUGUUAGCCGAGGAGGCACUUAUGAAGAUGGGAAGGCAGGUGGUGUCAUGGUGGAGUUCGACGAUGGAGAUCGGGGGCGGAUCUCACUGCCCAAUAUUCGCCUCCUCCCCCCUGACUAUCAGAUCCACUCACCCGCAAGCGUCGAGCCACCUACCCUGGUGGCCUGUGCUGGACAGAGGGGACGAAGGAGCUCCACAUUGGAGAAGGCACCUCUGUCUCACAUGACAUCUGAGAAGCCAAGCAAAAUGGUGAAUGUGAAGGAGUGCAAGGCCAUCACCAAGGCCAAGCCAGGCAGACCGAAAGGUUCAACAACAAAGAAUUCCUUGGUGACCAGGAUGAAUAAGACUGCCAACCCUAUGCUCAGCUGGCCAGUGGAUUUGGUGCCCAAAAAGAAGGCUAUAAACAAUCUCUUCCAGGUCAAUGGGAGCCCCAGGAAACCCUUCAAAAGGAAGGAGGUUGAAGCCUUUUCACUCUCAUCUCCUACAGUUGCCCCAGCUAAAGGAAUCUUCCGGAGCUCCUUCGCCGUGGACUCCUUCAGCAGCAUUGCUAAUGGUUACUCCUCUUUUGGAAACCAGCCGUCUGUGAUGUCUGUCAGUUCCAGAAGCUCCCUCUGCGGUCGGGGCAGGAGGCCAGGUGAAGGUGGGGGCAUGCAGGGCCGGAAGGCAGAGUUUCUUGUCAAACUUGACCAUGAGGGGGUAACCUCGCCUAAGACAAAGAACAGCAAAGCCUUAUUGCUGCGAGGAUCCACAGGGCAUGGAAGUCAGCUGGACAAAGGCUUUGACACAAAAGGGGUGGCUGCCAUGGCCCAGACAAUUGGUUAUUCUCACCCUGCUCUGCUCAUUAAAGACAACAAUAAGGCGGAUGGCACUCGAGCAGAUCUCCUGCUCAAAGGGGUGUCCCACCUGCAGAAACCUACACCAUCCUUGGUCUUAGCUGAUUACGCUGACUUUGGCAUGAACUGUCACAGUGACUGUCCCAGUUCCUACUCUGACAUGGACGAGGAAGAGGAUGAUGAUGAUGAGAGGGGAGCCCCCAUGGCUACUGCCUCUGGGGGCCUCAGAACAGCUGGAAGCUUCCUUUCCCGUCUCUCAGUCUCUUCCUCCUCUGGUUCCUCUAGUUCCUCCAGCUCUGGCUCCCUGUCCAGCUCCAGCCUCUGCUCCUCAGACAAUGACUCGUCCUACAGCUCGGAGGAUGAGGAAGGCUCUGCACUGCUGCUGCAGGGCUGCCUCUCCUCCCAUCGGCCCCUCCUGCAACCCCCAGAACCAGCAUCUGGGCCAACUCAGGGGUCCUUUGUCGCCAAGACCAUGACUGUUCCUGGCACAAAGGCCGAGAAUGACAACAGUGCCAGCAGCAAGCCACUCAAACGAAAGCAGUGUCCAGGCUCUGCCCCUAAGAGUCCAAAGGAUCUGGCUAAGAGACAGAAGUUCCAGGCGGUGAAUAACCAGCCCAAGGUCUCGGCUUUUCUGCCAGCACGCCAGCUUUGGAAAUGGUCUGGAAACCCCACACAGAGGAGGGGCAUGAAGGGUAAAGCACGCAAGCUGUUCUAUAAAGCUGUGGUGCGCGGCCGAGAGACUGUGUGCAUCGGGGACUGUGCGGUAUUCCUCUCCGCCGGCCGCCCACACCUGCCCUACGUGGGCCGCAUCGAGAGCUUUUGGGAGUCCUGGAGCAGCAGCAUGGUGGUGAAGGUGAAGUGGUUCUACCAUCCUGAGGAGACAAAGCUGGGCAAGCAGCAACGUGAUGGCAAGCAUGCCCUGUACCAGUCCUCCCAUGAAGAUGAGAAUGAUGUCCAGACAAUCUCCCACAAGUGCCAGGUGGUGAGCCGUGAAGAGUACGAGCAGCUGAGCCGUAUUAGGAAGCCCAUUGGUAACAGCCAGGAGCUCUACUACCUGGCUGGGACUUAUGACCCGGCCAACGGCCAGCUCUUUACUGCGGAGGGCCUGCCCAUCCUGUGCUAGCCCUGGAUCUACUUCUAGAUACUGCUGAGGAGCCCUCAGGCCCCCCGAAGGGUAUGAAGUGUAACUGCAGUGUCACCCAGCUCUUCUGAGGCAGGGAAAACACACGACUGUUCGACACUUGUGAACAUGCAAGUGGCCAGCCGCCACUACAUUGAGAGACAACAUGGAUACAGCAAAGGGCAUCCCCAGGCGGUCCACUACACCCAGAAGCCCCACGGCACUACACAGUUUGCACAGGAUUGUGCCCACUUGGGUGGAGAGCUCCAAGAGUGUAGUUUGACAAAAGCCCCUUAGCCAUGUGAAAAUAACCUGCUGUAGACCAACCUCCAAACAGGCGCGCUGCCCCUCCCUGGUAUCUGCCAAGGACAGUGGCUGGUUGGAGUGAGGGGGUAGUGGUGUGAUCUCUCUGACAUAAGCAUCAUUGACCCCUCCUCUUCUGACAUGCGUUUGACGUGGGGAAGAUAGAGCACAGCUGCUAUGUGGCAUAGCCUGGUCCAAGGGGCAUCCUCAGCUGGCAAGUGUAAUGUACGGGAGACCUGCAGACCUCAUUCUGAUAAUUCCAGGGACGUUUUUAACGUGAAUUUACAUAGAUAUAUAAAGAUACUUCUGUACAUGUACACACAGAUACAUACUGUAUACAUAAUGGAAUGGUUAUCCUAUCAAGCCAUACUUCAGUACCUCUUGCCUGAUCUGAUUCAGGCUGUGCGUGUGUACGUGUGUGUGUGUGUGUGUGUGUGUGCGUGCGUGCGUGCAUGUGUGUGUGGGUUGGUGGGUUGUACAGAACAAUUCUCUUCUUAAUGUCUGUGUGUGUGUGUGUGUCUGUAAUAUAUAUAUAUAUAUAUAUAGUAUAUAUAUACUUAUAUGUAUAUAAUGUGUACAUGCACGUACACACACACAAAUACAAUUGAGAGAUUAUAUUUCUUUCGUGUUGUCAGAUGUGUUCCUUUGUAAGGUUACUGAAUAUUGGUUAUGAGACUUGAAUGGGUUGUGACUUUGUUUUAUUUGUUUUAAUUUUAACGAUGACCACCACCACCACCACCACGCUGGCUAGUUAGACCAGCCAAACAAUGACCACUGCUGUUGCCAAAACCAAUCACCCAGGUGGUCCAUCUGAUGCAUUGUUCCUGGAACAGCAUGUGUCAAAGGUUGGAGGGGCAUCCCAUAAUGUCCUGGCCCCUUGGCCAGUUGAAAUGUGAACGGCUCAGUGAGUCUAGUUUCCUUUUUACCACUUUGCUCUAUAAUACCUUUGUUAUCUGUACUGUUAUUGCUGGUGUCUGCCAUUCUUUUUCACAUCUCACAGAAACCCCUGAGUCUCUCAUCAUUGUGCCCUUUAGAGACGGGCACACUUCUGAACUGUUAGAUGGUUUACUGGACGUGGGCAGUUGUGACUCUGCGGAUUGCUGGUCUCAGAGGAAUAUGCAGUUAUUCUGCGCCACUCUGAGAAUGUGGCUUCUGAGCAGCGUUAGCAUAGCAGCGCUGUAUUAGCCUCUGAGCAGGGUUAGCAUCAAAACACAGUGUUGACUUCUGAGCAGGGUUAGCAUUGCAGCACUAUGUUGGCUUCUGAGCAUAGAUAGCAUUGCAGCACUGUGUUGGCCUCUGAGCAGGGUUAGCAUUUCUGCACCUUCUUACCUUCUGAAUAGGGUUAGCAUUGCAGCACUGUGUUGGUCUCUGAGCAGGGUUAGCAUUGCAGCACUGUGUUGGCCUCUGAUUAAGGUUAGCAUUGCAGCAUUAUGUCAGACUUUGACCACGGAUAGCAUUGGAGCACUAUGUUAGCUUCUGGGCAGAGUUAGCAUUGCAGUACUGUAUUGUCUUCAGGUUAGCAUUGCAACUCUGCAUGCACCAUGUGGGAAAUUGAUGGCCUGUGAAGCACAAUCAUUAAGAGGAAGUUAAAAUUAAUAUUUAAAAUAGUAAAGAAGUUGCCUAUUUGAUAGGCUUAAACAAUCAAAGCGAUAUGUUUUUUCGUUGUAACUGUCGUUGUUGUUGCUUUUGCUUUUGCCAAAUAUAUUGAGUUAUUCAAUCAGUAUUUUAACUAUUGCUCAUCUUUAUUUAUUGCCAAUGUAGCUGCAAAGUCAGUAACUUUAUAGAGAAUUUGGUGUAGUACAAUAUAAGAUGUUACUUUCUGAUGUAAUAGACUGAGCUCUUAGGUGAUGGUGCAGAGGACAUUUAUUUAUUGAAGUGACACUGGAUCAGCGUUCUCAAUGGCUGUUAGUAGUGUGGUCAGCAGACCCCUUGCUAGUCUGUAACUUGGCAGUGAGAUUCCCUUGCUGCUCCUUGGCAGGAAGUGACAUCAUUGGGCACAAUCAACCCCCCCCCGUUUCUUAUGGUUUGGUUAAAUGAUUGUUGAUUACUGACAAUAAACCGAUGUCCUACCACACUUACUGUUUUGUGUGGUUUGUUUGAAUAGGGAAAGAUUUAAAGAAAUUAUGUUAUUUUUAUAGAGUUCCUUAUUUUUUUAACUUGAUGUUGAAUGCUUGAAUUGCUAUGUACUUAUAACAGGGACUCAUGUACUUAUAAAUGGCAAAUGUGGAUCAUUAAGCCUUUUCUCAUAUUUUUAUUGAUCCCAACUGUUAAUCCAAGAUGUAGGAAUUACUGUGAAGCAUCACUUGGUCGAAACCGGUGUUGUACAUAAGAACUAGUUUACUUUGUCAUGUACAAAUUGCUUGUUUGUCUUUUUUUUCUGUCCUCUGCAUAAAAUGUGGCCAGGGAACAAUUUGAGUUCACACAGUAGGAAAUUAAGCAUAUAGCUUUGACAUCCAAUGACAUGCCAGAGCCUGUGUGCACACCCACAUGCGAAUGUGUCACUCCUACACAGAUGGCAGUCGUCUGUGGGCUGUUUCUGUCAUGUCAGCUUCUUCAUGGUUUUGCCUCAUAUAUAGACUUGGGGGGUUCCCUUGAUCAUUAAAACCAUAUGGAUCCCAGUCAUUUUACAUUUUCUCACAACUUUAAAUAAAGGCCAAAUAAUCUGAUUUUGAAGAAUGGUAAGAAAAGUUUUCCUUAGCCAGCUUGACUGGACAUAGGUGCUGGGUGGUGUAGGACUAAUGCAAUGUCUUGCUUAAUCGACAGGUCAACGUUGUAUGACACGGGUGCAAUACUACUAGGAUGUAACUGAAUAGAUGUUGAGCAUUGUACAGCAGCUGACAGGUCACGGUAAGCGGUGAGGAGGACGCAGGACCGUCUGUCCUUUCACCCAAUUUUAUUUAAAUCCAUUAUCAGCAACAGUAAGGAAAUUAAAGUUUUCAAACAUAUUCCUAAAAUUAUUUCUCAGAGUUACUUGGCAAAUAUUAUAAUAUUUUAACACAAAUUAAAUAAAGAUUUUAAUUAUAUUCCUAUUGUUUUGUUGUUUUCUUCCCUUGAAUUUAAAGUGUUUUCUAAUUGUUUCAAUAUUGUAAAGAAUUGUAAAUAUGUACAGUGUGUUUUGAUUUUGGGGUAGGCAUUUUGCAGAAAAAUGGAGUUUAUGAACAUCAAACCAUGUAAAAACAUUUUAGUAUUAAGAUUUUUACAGAUGGCUUAUGAAUAAAUAUGACAAAACCUGC